GGCGGCGGUGGGGGCUCGGCGGCGCAGGCGCAGUGGUGUCGGGGGGACUCCCGGGCCCGGGUGCUGCUGUGCCGCCGCCGCCGCCGGAGGAGCAGGAGCGGGAGGUUCAGUCGGGCAGUGCCGGCGGGCGGCGGGCGCGGGGCUGCGCGCGGGGAGCGGCGCUCGCCGGGGCAGCGCGGGCGGGCAGAGGCAGCGCGGGGCCAGAAGACCGUGCCAAAGAAGACUUUUACUCAGAUGACAUCACAUUUGGACUACUAAUGCUACCCACCCACUCUACAAGGCACAGUGUAUUUCUAGGUAAUUUAACAAAUGUAGAGAGAAGCCCAUUCUUUCAUUUGCAGAGUCUUCUGGAAAUCUGUUUGGAUCUUGUGUACUGAACGUCAGUGAAACUAGCAUUCCAUCAAAGGAAAUGGAGAUUUCCGCAGGGAUAUGGAAGUUUUCAGUUUUGAAUGGUAACACUAACAGUUUGGAAUUUAUUUUCUGCUGAAGAGGAUACCUCUAACUCCACAUUGUUCUUCACGGGAGCCAGGUUUCAUCCCUAAACCUCAUACUUCAACAAGUCCCAAAGUGUAAAAGUCUUAUCCUUGGCAUGUAUAAGCACUGAGAGUGUUCAGAGUCUUGCAAAUUUGGAUGCAAAGAGAGAAGGGUCGGACCUUGAAAGGCAAGCGUACAAAUGUCUACCACAAGACUAAAGUGUGCUAUGUUAUGUUUUUUACCAUAAGCACCCAUAAAAUGAGCUCCAUUGCAGACAGAAAUGAUGGAAGCAUUUUUGAUGGGCUGGUGGAAGAAGAUGACAAAGAUAAAGCAAAAAGAGUGUCUAGAAACAAGUCCGAAAAGAAACGUCGAGAUCAGUUCAAUGUGCUUAUCAAAGAGUUGGGUUCCAUGCUUCCAGGUAAUGCUCGGAAGAUGGAUAAAUCCACUGUGCUGCAGAAGAGCAUUGACUUUUUACGGAAGCACAAAGAAAUUACUGCACAAUCAGAUGCCAGUGAAAUUCGACAGGACUGGAAACCAACAUUCCUUAGUAAUGAAGAGUUCACACAGUUAAUGUUAGAGGCUCUUGAUGGUUUUUUUUUAGCAAUUAUGACAGAUGGAAAUAUAAUAUAUGUGUCUGAAAGUAUAACUCCCUUACUUGAACAUUUGCCAUCUGAUCUUGUGGAUCAGAGUGUAUUUAAUUUUAUCCCAGAGGGGGAACAUUCAGAAAUUUAUAAAAUAUUGUCUUCUCAUCUGCUGGAAAGUGAUUCCUUGACACCGGAAUACUUAAAAUCAAAAAAUCAGCUAGAAUUCUGUUGCCAUAUGCUGCGAGGAACAAUAGAUCCAAAAGAGCAACCUACAUAUGAAUAUGUAAAAUUUAUAGGAAAUUUCAAGUGUUUGAAUCAUGUUCCCAACUCAGCGCACAAUGGUUUUGAAGGAACUAUUCAGAGAUCACACCGGCCUUCAUAUGAAGAGAAAGUUUGCUUUGUAGCCACAGUUAGAUUAGCUACACCUCAAUUUAUCAAGGAAAUGUGCACUGUUGAAGAACCCAAUGAAGAGUUCACAUCUAGACACAGCUUAGAAUGGAAGUUCCUAUUCUUGGAUCACAGGGCACCUCCGAUAAUAGGUUAUCUUCCAUUUGAAGUUUUGGGAACAUCAGGCUAUGAUUAUUAUCAUGUGGAUGAUCUAGAUAAUCUGGCAAAAUGUCAUGAGCAUUUAAUGCAAUAUGGGAAAGGGAAGUCAUGUUACUACAGAUUCCUUACAAAGGGACAGCAAUGGAUUUGGCUGCAAACUCACUACUAUAUCACGUAUCACCAGUGGAAUUCCAGGCCAGAGUUUAUUGUCUGUACGCACACUGUUGUAAGUUAUGCAGAAGUUAGAGCAGAAAGACGACGAGAACUUGGUAUUGAGGAAUCUCUCCCAGAGAUAACAGCAGACAAAAGUCAGGACUCUGGGUCUGACAAUCACAUAAACACAGUGAGUCUCAAAGAAGCACUGGAAAGGUUUGAUACCAGCCCCACACCUUCUGCUUCCUCCAGGAGUUCAAGAAAAUCUUCACAUACUGCAGUAUCGGAUCAUUCAUCAACACCAACUAAAAUGACAGUGGACACUAGCACUCCUCCAAGGCAAGGCUUAUCUGGUCAUGAAAAGACUGCGCAAAGAAGAUCAUCUCUGAGCAGUCAGUCUUUAAGCUCACAGUCUCUUGGACAACCAGUAACACAGCCAGCAAUAUCUCAGCCUGCAACUUUACAGCUCCAGUCUGGAAUGACUCAGCCUGUGUUUCAGUUUUCAGCUCAAUUAGGAGCAAUGCAGCAUCUAAAGGACCAGCUAGAGCAAAGAACACGCAUGAUAGAGGCAAAUAUUCAUCGGCAGCAGGAAGAGUUGCGUAAGAUCCAGGAGCAGCUUCAAAUUGUUCAUGGUCAAGGACUCCAGAUGUUCUUGCAGCAGUCAGCUUCUGGACUCAACUUUGGUUCUGUGCAGCUUCCUUCUGGAAAUUCUUCAACUGUUCAGCAACUUGCGCCAAUAAACAUGCAAGGUCAAGUUGUUCAGACUAAUCAGACUCAAAGUGGGAUGAACACGGGCCAUAUAAAUACUCCACACAUGAUACAGCAGCAGCCUUUGCAGAGUACUGCAACACAGCAUAAUCAACAAAAUGUACUUAGUGGACACAAUCAACAGUCUUCUCUUGCCAGUCAGUCACAGAACACAGUCUCAGCACCUUUGUACAACACUAUGGUGAUUUCUCAGCCAACAGCAGGAAAUGUGGUGCAGGUUCCCUCUAGCUUAUCGCAGAACAACAACCAGAAUGCUGCUGCAGUAACCACUUUUACACAGGACAGACAAAUCAGAUUUUCUCAAGGUCAGCAACUUGUAACAAAACUUGUCACGGCCCCAGUAGCAUGUGGAGCAGUAAUGGUACCAAGUACUAUGUUUAUGGGACAGGUGGUGACAGCUUAUCCCACUUUUGCUGCCCAACAGCAGCAGACACAGACUUUGUCAAUAACACAACAGCAACAGCAGCAGCAGCAGCAAAGUCAGCAGGACCAUCAGCAGCAGCUCACCACAGUGCAACAACCAGCUCAGUCACAGCUGACCCAGCACCCCCAGCAGUUCCUACAGACAUCCAGGUUACUUCAUGGAAAUCAGUCAGCUCAGCUUAUUCUCUCUGCUGCUUUCCCACUACAACAAAGCACUUUCACUCAGUCCCACCACCAGCAGCAUCAGUCUCAGCAGCAGCAGCAGCAGCAGCUGUCACGACACAGAACUGACAAGAUGACUGAUCCUUCCAAAGUUCAGCCACAGUAGUGUGGGCGCUGCCUCUUUUUCAAGCAAACUGCCAGGAGGGGCUGCCCCACAAACAGUUGCACUGAAGCUACAGAGGUAACAGUAUGAAGGCUUUCUAGCACUGUGGUGUUGAGAUCUACUUCUAACUUCUGGAAUCUGUUAAGAAAAGCCACAAGAUGAUGAUGGGGACAUGGCCAACUUUGAGCGUUGCCCCAGUUUCUGUGUUCUAAAGGAUUUGCUGCCAUGUUGUAAUUUGUCCAGGUGAAAUCUCCAAAUGUGACUGAAAAGAGAGUGAUGCUGAAAAUAUUGGUAUUUUUAUCAAUCCUGUACAUUUUUAAAGUAUUAAAACGGACAUGGAGCAAUUGUUUUGAAUUAGCAGGAAAAAAUGCCAGAAAUAUAGUCCAAAAACCAUCUAAUUUUUUUUCAGAUGAUUACAGGACAGUAAAUAUUUUGAAAAUGUUGUGUGAAAUCCAGUUCUCUGUUGUACAGAUGCUGUAAAAUAUUGUGUAUAUGUCUGCAUAAAAGGAGAAAGAGCAAAAUAUUUUAUAUGAUGCAUGAAAAUGUAAUCUGUUAUUUGUAGGUUUGAAUAUGUUUCCCUAAAUUCUCACGCCAUACUCAGACUAAUGUUUUCCUCUGUUCUACCCUUUUGUUUACAACAUGAUGCAUCAUUAUUUUCACCCUUAAUGUGGGCACAAGUCUCUUGUUUGUGCUUUGUCCGUGAUGUCAGGGUUUGUUCGGUGAGGUAUAGUGUGUUGAUAAGUUGACUGCUUGAAGUUAAAUUAUUGAUGAAGCUGUUUGAACUGGUGAUCAUGCAUCAGGGUUCAGGACAUUCAGAUUCAUAAAUAUCAUCCAUCAUUUCAUAAUGAAUUCAUCAUUUUAUUUGAAAAAUAGGAAUUUGCACUGCUUUCUUGCGGAUGGUUUGGAAUUUUAUUCCCCAAAGCUAUCUUUUGAUAUAGUUCAUAGUUGGAAAUAUUUAUGUAAAAGGUUUAAAAAAAAUGACAGUAAUUUUCAAGAAUGUUUCAGUUAUAGGAGUAAUUUGCACAAAAAUAUAUUUACAUUUAAUAACCUUUUGGGCACUUUUUAACCACUUUCUCUGUGGUGAGAAUUGUAACUUGUUAAACCAUGUUGGAAUCUUUUUAUUCUCCUUCAAAAAUUAGUCAGAACUAAUUCAGGGUCAUUUUAACAACAACAACAAAACCCAUAGUGCCUUGAUUUUAAUUCAGGUGAUAAUGUUGAACAUCUUGAAUUACAAUGUCUUGAAUCUGUAACCAUUUUCAAUUUUGAAGUCUUAGCACAUUGUCAACCAAACUUGUGUAUCUACUUCAUAGAUAUUUCUGUAUUGUGUUAAUUUAACAGUGGUCUGAGUUGAGACCAUGAAUAUUUUUGACUGGUACUCCCCCUCAGACAGUAGCCAGAAAUACAGGAGUCUUAAAAAUCUCAGAUCUUUAAGGUAAUACUCUUAAAAAAAAAAAAAAGGAAAAAAAAAAAGGAAACCUUAAAAGACAGGACUCCUUUUGCAGAAGGAAGAAUAAUAAGCUGAUGUUUUAAAAUUGUUUUUGGAAGCAUUUAAAGUGUGUUUUGGGGGAGAUCAUGAUUGCAUUUAACACUACCAGGUAUUGAUUUAAGAGCUAUCACUGAACUAAGACUUCAGAAGGCAACUUCACUUUAUAAAGAAAAUAAAAAGUUCCAACAGAUAUGUGCUAUUUAAGUAAACGUUGGUAGGUUUUUAUGGUACUAGUUUGUGGAAACCAGAACUUGAGAGGAAAAUUAACAAAUGCUGAUAGAUCUGAUAAUUAAUUAGAAACAAAAACCAGUAAAAGCAGUUAAAACUAGUGCUAGGGAGAGAAAGCUGGAUUAAUCUUGAAUACUAGGGAGGAGUUGAAUGAAUGUAACAAAUGGUGAUGGUCUGUUUUGUACUGUGGAACAGUUUGAUUGUAUUACUGGAUGAACCAAACCCGCAGGAGGUAAUACCAGUUUAGCCAAGCCUUUGAUGCCGUUGGUUACGUUUUGGGGCCAGCCUUUGCCUCUGCACGUGUCCCAGCAUUAGACCUUUGUUAUUCCCCAGUCAUAAAGCAAGUGCUUGGCACCAAAAAGCCAAGCAGUGAACAAGGAAGGAGAGUGUGAGAAACUCAGUACCAAAGAUAAUCCGAUUGCUCUCUGCUCCAAAACGCCUAUUGCAACCUGGAGCAAGGAACAGAUGCCAAUACCAAACAUAGCAAGAAACACUUUCCCUUCUUUAAAGGGAUUUCUGGCAUUCUUCAGACUGGGAUAAUUGUCAGAGACUUGUUUCUCUAAAGUUCUAUGUAAAGAAAUCCUGCCUUGCUCUGCUAUCCCUACCACUCCAUUCCACCUGUUUCUAUAUGAAGCUGCAUUGACUAGAGGUCUGUGCUAUCACUUCUCUGCCUGAUGGAAAAUAGGUUAGAUACAAAUUUCUUUAACCAAUUACAAUAAAAAUAUAGUGCUAAAAAAUAAAACUGGGAGAGCUUUAAUAGUGCUGUUAGAACUACUGAAUAAUGGUAAAAUAGGUGUAUUAAGCUAUUAUACUGAGAAUUACAGAAAUUAGAGAUACCAGCCAGACAGUUAAUGAUGCAGCUUUUUAUAUAAAAAAAUUUCAGCUUCUCUUCCCAUUCUCCCCUCCCCAGAUACUCUGGUGUGCUGCUAUAGGUCUGUCAGUAAAAAGGCUAAACUAGGAGAGAGAAAUCAGAUUAUGGGAUACCGUGGCUGCUGAAAGAGAGUAGAGAAACAUAUGCUUUGAUCAAGAAGCUUUUUGUAGCCUCAGAGAGAGGUCAUUCAAUUACAGAACUACCAGCUAGUAGAGAAAGGAUAGAAGAUGGAGAAAUUCUAAGGAACUGGAAAAAUACAGCACACAUUUGAAGAAUUCCUGACGUGAAUCAGGUGAACUUCACAAAGGCAAGUGUGUAGAACUUAGUCCAGAUUGUGUGCAAGUAUGGAGAUGCUUUGUUCACAAGUAGUGACUAAAAAGUGUAUAUUAACAGAUCUGCAGCUUUCCCUGUUGCUGAAUCAAUUGCUGAACUGUCCUUGAGUUUUAGUGAGAAGAGGACCAGGCUGUUGCCUCUUUCUUAAUUAGCCUUUUGCUUCUGCUGGACUCAUUUACUACAGACUUACUUGCAACAUCCUGAUAAGUAGCAUGACAGUGAGUGCUGUGAUGCUGCAGGUUCUGGAGCAGAAUUGUUGCAGAAUGACUCUGACAGAAGGGAAGGGGUCUGUUAAGGGGAGGAUUGUGAAGAAAUGGGCUGGUGAUACAUAAUGGAGUGAAGAGGAUGGCAUUUGCAUGGAGUUUAGGAGAUAGACAUUGUCUGCGAUGGGUGAGGCUUUGAAGAAAAGUGUUUGGGAUAACUUCAGAGAGAAAAAGAAUAUAGCUAUUUUUAUAUUAUAUUUAAUAUAUAUUAUAUUUGUAUAUAAAUAUGAAAGGAUUCUAGUAGGAGCUCUCCAUAUGCCUUCCACUUCAUCUAGAAGGUUUACCUUCUGCACUACGGUUCCAGUGUGUCACCACCUUCUGUGGGCAUCUUGCCUACUGCCAAACACCAAAAUUAGUAACCCAGCAUCCUUACAAGAAAUAGGUUUCAUUUCAGCUUUAUGUAAAAAUGAAUAAAGUAAAGAUAUAUCAGGCAGUUUUUCACAGGAAAAAGAAAUUAUCUUAAGACUUAAAUAGCACUUUCUCUUUUUGGUUGGGGGUUGUUUUUUUUUUUUUUUUUUUUUUUGUUUUGUUUUUUUUUUGGAGUAAUAACAAGCACUUUACUGAAAAGACUAUUUGAAAAACAGUUUAUUUCUUUAGUCAGUGAAACUGUUAAAAAGGGGGCGCAACAAGGAAUAACAUGUAAAACUGUCAAGAGAGACAUUUCUGGAAAAUGUUUCUUUAUUAUGGUGAUCCUUGAGGUUUAAAGUGCAGGAUUAAAAAGGCUUCUAAAACUAGUUGCCUUUGUGUUUUAUAUGGCCAGGGGAAGGGAUUAGGGAUGAUAGCUUCCUUGGAAGGAGGCUUUUUAAGUUGCACAGUUGCCUAUGAGAGAGAAUCAUCUGGAGGCUCAUUUGCCUGCUCAGUAAUUCUAAGUGUCCCUUAGGAUUAUAAAUUGUGUGAAAAUGUUAUUAAGGUUUAAAGAUGUGGCCUUUUUCAAAUGUUAAAGUCGAUUCAAGAAUCAUUUAUAUUUUCAGAGAUUUAACCCAGGUAUUGUUAUGAGUGUUUUAAAUGUCACGGCAUCAGGAGAUGUCAAACGUGUCAGAUUCAUAAGCUUCUCUAUUUGAAAUAAUUAUUAAAAUUAGAUGUACAGUCAGAGGGCUGGAAAAUGGUUAUUUUGAUUAAAAGGGAAAAGAGACUAGUUUUAAUAAUUAACCUUUUAUUUUUUUACUUAUCCCUGGUGGAAAAAAUUGAAGAGAAUGAAAUGAAUUUGGAUUAAAAAAGACAUAUUUAAACAAAUCAUAGUAGAUGAGACAGCUGUGAGAGAACAUUUGAAAUUGUCUUGGUUGUCCAUGAGACUGGGUAGUUGCUUUUUCACUACCAUGAUUUUUAACACUACAUUCCUUGUCUUUUUCUUUUUUUGUCUUUUUUAAACAGGUGAUUUUAAACUCUGCGAUAUUUCAUGCUAUGCCAUCUGCAUGAAUUUUGCCAGCAUGAUAUGCUAUAUUCAAAGAAAGUAUACCUAAAUAAAAAGGAAGGGGGGGGGAACAAAACACUGUGUCUGAAAAAAAUAUUUUAUGGCCUAAUAACAGAGACCCCAGCUAUGACUGAGAGAUGCUGCAUUAAUAGACAAUCAAUCAAUGGGUAAUUAUUUAUGAAACGCUUUUGGGAAUGGUCUUAAAGAUGUAACUGCUUUGAAAGCAGUCGGUGAGCUGUCUUUUUCUAACAAGAAAGGUAAAAAAUAUUUAUUUUCAAAUAUAUCAGAUUGAAUUUUGAGUUUUUAAGCAGUGUUGAUUUCACAGUGUCUUGGGUUUCAGCUUUGUUUUGUAUUUUUUUAACUGGCAUUAGAUUUAUAUACGUAAAAGAAAACAAACAGAAAAACCCUAGUGCCGUUCAUAUUGACGUCAGGAAAUGUAGAUACAGUUCCCUGGUGUUCAUGUGACCAUUACUAACUGUCAAUUUUUUAACUGAAUAAAUGUAACUCAUAUAAAAUUUUGCUUUCUGUAGCUUCUAAGGUUCUAGAGGUUUUUUUCUGAGUUGCUUGAUGUCAGUUUUAUCCAAGUUUCACAGUGAAGCGCUCUUACCCUUCCCACGACUGUACCAAAGGCACUCUCUCUCCCCCACCCACAGAACUGACUUGUGAGAAGUUGCUUGAUGUCACUUUUAUCUUCUCUCCCCUACCCAGACAAAUGACUUGUGAGAUUUCAGUAAAAUGCAUACUGUAUUUUUUCCUUGUCUUCUCUCUGUAUCUCUUUAUAAACUGAUGCCCCACUCUAAA